UUUUUUUUUUUAACCUAACCUGCAGGGUUUCAGGCGUCCAGUCCUGCCAAAAUUUGCACCAGUGAAAAAAACGCUAGCGUCUCUCAUUUGUAGAAAUGACACAGAGGAUGUACGUCGUUGAUGCAGCUUUCUCCAUGUCCCCUUUUUUCUUUAUCUAACGGAAGGUGCACUCUACAAUUAUGGAGUUUUGAAAAGGAAAGUGAGAGUUUUGGGGGGAAAGGGGCCCUUUCCCCUCAAGUUUGAUGGUUGGACUGCUGGAUGAGAAGGUCAGAGGGUUGUUGAAAUUGUUACCUUUUGUAAAUUAUUGAAAGAGUAUAUAGAGGAAAAACUAUUUUUUCAAAUAUUAGUAUGUAAAAUUUUGUAUAAAAAGCACAAGCACUUUUGUAUUUAUUGAAUUCAUGAUGCCAUUGUAUGCUUCAAGCACCUUAAUUUGUGUUCAAUUCUUGGUUGAAAUGGUGGACUGAAACAAGUCACAGAAAGGCUCUGGGGUCGCUAGGGUGCAGUGGAACUUCAACACAAGCACAAUUCUAGCACUCCAAACCAUCUUGACCUUUAGUUGACACAUUUUUUUUUUCCUUCUUGGAGAGCUUCUCUGUUAUAGUAUGCAAUUUUAGUGACAGUGUUUAGGGUUUGUUACCCCACAUUGUAUUGUUUUUGAGUUGAGUUUAUUUGCAAUUGUGGGUGGUGGGUUGCCAAAAGGACUUUGUAAAACAUAAGGGAGGACGGUUCACUGUGAAGAUUUGGCGGAGGUCAGGAUGAGUCUGGCAUCACCGGACUGCACCCCCAGAUGCCGCUCACAACAGCAUGCAGGCGAGGUGGUAGCGGCACUAACGGGCGGCUCCGAGGGGCAGCUGCGGGCGUUCUUGACUUCACAUUGCUACAAUGCGGCCACUUUGCGGGAUGCCUUUGGUCGCACAGCCCUGCACCUGGCAGCCUCACUGGGAAAGAAGGCCUUACUGGAGUGGCUGCUGGAGGGUAAGAGUGCUGACCUGAUGGUGAAGGAUAAGGAAUCCGGCUGGACCGCUCUGCAUCGCAGUGCUUUCUACGGACACAUCCACUGUCUCAUAUCGCUGGUCAAGCAUGGCGCACUCCUCUCCACCCAGGACAAGGAGGGUCUCUCUGUCCUGGACCUUACAAUGAAGGACCGACCAACACAUGUCGUGUUCAAAAACACCGACCCAACUGAAGUAUACACGUGGGGAAACAAUACUAAUUUCAGUCUCGGCCAUGGUAAUCAGGAGAGCAGACAGCACCCUGAGCUUGUGGAUGUGUUUGCCAAGACUGGAGUUUACAUCAAGCAGGUGGUCCUGUGUAAGUUCCACUCUGUGUUCCUGUCUCAGAAAGGCCAGGUCUUCACCUGUGGACAUGGACAGGGAGGACGUCUUGGCCAUGGAGAUGAACAGACUUAUUUGGUUCCUCGGAUGGUGGAGGGUCUGAUGUCCCACCACUGCUCCCAGGUGGCGGCAGCUAAAGACCAUACAGUGGUGCUGACAGAAGAAGGCUAUAUUUACACUUUUGGCCUCAACACCUUUCACCAGCUAGGUCUGGCUCCUCCUCCCGCCUCUGCACAUGUCCCUAAACAGGUGUUCUCCAAGACGCUGAAAGGCAGGACAGUGAUUGGAGUUGCAGCUGGAAGGUUCCACACUGUGCUGUGGACCAGAGAGGCUGUCUAUACAAUGGGACUCAAUGGAGGGCAGCUGGGUUAUUUGCUGGAUCCUAACGGAGAGAAGUGUGUGACAGCCCCCCGGCAGGUAUCAGCCCUGCACCACAAGGAUGUUACCAUAGCAAUGGCAGCAGCUAGUGAUGGAGCAACAGUAGUCGUGACUGAGAAGGGGGACGUCUACCUGUUGGCUGACUACCAGUGCAAGAAAAUGGCUUCAAGGCAGCUGAACAUCAAGAAGGUUCUGGUCAGCGGUGGUAGUCUGGACCACCGUGUUGUUCCACAGAUCCUGAACGAGGGAGGAGGGGAAAAGGUGGCCAUUUUGGCAUUAGAUGAAGCUGGAAGGGUGUUUUGCUGGCGUUCCUGCGGCAGCUCGGUGAGACAGUGCCGGUGGGCGUAUGGGCGUCAGGUUUUCAUGUCGGACAUAGCUCUCAGCAAGAACAGCAUGAUGUUUGUGACUCAGGAGGGGGAGGGCUUCAGUGGCGUGUGGGCUGGAGAAUAUAAGAAGUAUGGGGAAAAGAAAGAGGUCAGUGUGGAGGUUUGUGGCCAUUCAGAUGCUGGGACACUGUAUGAGCGAAUCCGCCUGGAGAAACUCCCGUAUGUCCACAGAGCAGUCAGCAUCACCAUGGACUCUAAAGGCCGAAAUUUUGGAGUGCUUCAGUCUGACCCCAAAACAAGCUUGUAUGAGAUUCCCAUCAUUUCUCCAUCCUCCUUCUCCCAAAACUUCCGGAGCCUUCUGGAUGAUGCGGAUGAAACGGACAGCAUCCACGAUGUGACCCUUCAGGCCGGUGAUCGCACCUUCCCGGCCCACAAGUACAUCCUGUCCAUGAGGUCCGAGUUCUUCCGGAAGCAGUUCAUGUCUGAGCAUUGCGGGGUUGAGGAGGAGCUUGAUGGAGAAGUGAGGAAGAGCGAAGAUGCCGUGGGCUGCACUUUAAUAAUUCUGGAGAAGAUCCCAGCGGACAUGCUGGAAUACGCCCUGCACUUCAUCUACACAGACUCCUGUGAGCUGCUGGUGCACGGGGCCCGGCCGAGAGUCUCAGGGGCCUUGGUGGGAAAUAACCAAGACUCGGAGCAGGAGAGGCUUAUCAGCAGCCUGCAGGACUUGGGCCUGAGAGGACGUUCAGCCCUCGAGGUGUACCGCUCCCUUCCCCCGUCAGCCAAUGGAGAUGGUGACAAGGCCAAGAGCAAGUGUGCCAAGCCUGGCAAGAAGGGGAAAGGAGGCAAAGGUGACAAGGCCAACGAGGGGGGGGGCAACCCUGUGAAAACCUUACAGGGUGUUGCAAAAAAGCUGGGCCUGGGAAGUCUGUCUGCACGACUGGAUGGAGUCAAAUAUGAAAGUGGAAAGAUCAAUGUUAUAAACAAGAAAACUGGAAACAAACCCAAAUUAUACCAGAAAAAAUGCUCCUAUCUUUGUGAUGUUACUCUGAAAUCUGAAGAUGGGCAAGAGUUUCCAUGUCACAAAAGUGUCCUCUGUGCAAGACUAGAAUACUUCAAUAGUAUGCUUGGAAACCCCUGGAUUGAGGCCACAUCCUGCACUGCACUGGAGCUGCCUACUAGCUCAGAGAUUCUGCAGGUCAUUCUCGAGUAUAUUUAUACAGAUGAGUCUCCCACCAUUAAAGAGGCUCUGAAUGUGGAGUUUGUCUGCAACGUACUGGUUGUGGCCGAUCAGCUGCUAAUCACACGAUUGAAGGAGAUGUGCGAGGUCGUCAUCACUGAGAACUUGACUCUGAAGAAUGCUGCAGAGCUGCUGGAGUUUGCUGCUAUGUACAACGCAGAGCAGCUUAAACUCUCCUGUCUCCAGUUCAUUGUGCUCAACAUGGCCGCCCUGCUGGAGUCAAAAGCACUGGAUAUUCUUAGUGAUGAAGUACUCGUGGAGCUUUCUGCAGCCUACAGGAGGAUGAUCCCAGCCAUGCAAAAGAGGGUUAUCACUCCAUAUCCUGGUGCUCCAGACCUCAGUGUCUAUGAGGAGGAGGAUUUGGACUCAGCGUUCAGCCCCAAACCAGAGGCAGAACUGGAUCACUCCUGCAGGGAAAUCCUGUUAAAGAAGGCCAAGAUGAAGGCUAAAAGGAAACCAAGGCGGCGCUCUGACAGCUCGGGGGGCUACACUCUCUCUGACAUCAUUCAAAGUCCCCCUGCUGCAGUGGUCUCCCCGUGCCUGGGGAAGUCAGGCAAGGCUAACUCUACAGAGUCCCUGCAGGAGCUGCUCACAUCCGACUCAGAGGGCAGCUACAUGGGGGUGGGCAGUCCCCGAGACAUGCAGUCACCUGUCUUCCAUGACAGAGCUGAGGAUGAGAAGGCUUUCAGUCAGAGGCUAAAGACUCCACCCAGCACCCCGAUCUCCCUGAGGGACUGCUUCCCAACUCCCCCCAACUCUGCUCCACAAACCAUCCCCAAGGUCCUUCCCUGUCCUGCUCGUCCACCCCCAGUCUUGGAUCUGAGAACCAUCAUGGACAUGGAGGCCAACUCUCUGCAGACCCUCAGAGCAACUCCUAAAAGCCCUGGAAGUGUCAGCGCCAGCAUUAAACACUCCUCUGUUCCCGCUAAACUGUCCCAGAAGCAGAGGAAGAUGUUGGCCAUGGCCAACAAGGAAGCCAGUGUGGAGUCCACUGCAUCCAAACCAACCCCCACAGUCACCCCAUCCAAAAGCAGUGGGAAGGCCUGGGCAGCAGCAGUCCAGUCCCCCCCCUCCUCAUGCUCAUUUCGGGCGCUGCUGGAGGAGGAGGAGAACCACUUGAUCAGAGUGGGACAAACAGGGACCCAGAGGGGCCCAGGUUCCCAGGGGUCCCCUGUCACUGCUACUCCUGCAACCAGGCGGGUCACAUUCAAAUGUGCUGAAAGCAGCGAGCCAGAGAGACCCACUGGGCCCUGGGUCCUGGGAGCAGUAGGCAGCCCUCCCCUCUCCUCUCUGGUGACCUUUGCCUCCAUCGUGGAGGAGGAGAAGCAGCAGGAAGCUGCACUGAUCCGCAGCCGAGAGAAGCCGCUGGCACUCAUCCAGAUUGAAGAGCGGGCAAUCCAAGACCUCCUAUUCCAUUACAAGGCGCGUGACAACCCCGAUGAGCUGAUAGUGGUGGAGAGGUCUUCCAGAGGUCCUAUGGCAGCCCCAACCUGGAACAAACACUGAUGUUUAACAGCGCAGCCGCUACAUACCAUCAAAGUGAGAACAUCCCCUGCAGUUGUCACUCUGUGUUGUUGGCAGCGUCCCGGCUGCAGCUUCUCCAAAACAACAUCAGAUCCAUGUUGAGAUGCCCCUCAGACACAUCCACCCACUGUGGGAUGGGUCUGAUGCAAAUCUAUAAUUGUCUCUGCAGUGUUACUUUAAGUUUUAUUUUAUUGCUGCUCAACAUUUUGUUUGUAUGUGUGAGAGAGUGUGAGUGAAGUUUUGGGCCUGGGAUUACUGAUACAUGUUUUUUGUUUUUCUUCUUCUUUUUUUUGGUGGGCUUAUGUCUCUGCUUGGCAAACCCAGUAAUACAAAAAGUAAACCACUUUCCCAAAUAAAUAUUGUUAGUUAUGUGAAGUUCAAGUUGCCAAAGAAAUGGACAUGUUCAAGCCACAAAAUGGGUCCAAACUGCAUCACCUCGAGGGCUUGUGUGUGUUAAAUCAGUGGAAGCUCUCAAUGUGAUUAAGAAAGUAAUAGUGCCAAUUAUCAACUGUGGCAGAGCAGCAGCUGUACUUAAGAAGUAAAAUGAGCUGUUUACCAACGUAGUACGUUAAGUUUCUUUUUUAUGGUCUUUUUUUCUUGAUACUUGUAUUGUUUUGCCUGGUUGCUUCAGCUGAUUUGCAGUGACAUGGUAACGUUGCUGGAAUCAGCAAUAAAAUACAUUAUUUGAUGCCAUUGUAGUGAAUGGUAAAUGCUCAGUAGAGUUGAUUUUGUGGAACUGCCUUUCUAGCCUUUGAAGUUAUCACUAGUGUGUUUUUAGAGGUGGUGGGCCUUUAUCAAAUAAUGACCACAUACACACAGAUACAGCAGCUAAAAUAUCAUUUUUUUCUCUUCAUUAUUUACUUGUUUUAUUUUCCAGCUUUUCUCCAUGUAAGCUUGGUAGGUACCUCAGAUCUCGACCAUGUGAUCUUGUCUUCAGAUGCCAUUUUUGUGUGUGUGUGUGUGUGAGAGAGAGACAUGUGAAGGAUGUGAAGAGAAAAUGGCAGGUAAUAAACUAUCACUUGUGCAAUGAUCCUGUCUCCUUUAUUGCAGUGGACAGAGUGAAAAGAGAGAAAAAUUUCAUUUUCUCAAUUAUUUCCUUGUUUUUUUUUUCUGUCUUUUUUUUUAAUAGACUGGAAUGUACAGAGCCUGGGAGGUGUCAUUUAGAGAAAAAAACCUUUUCGUGCGAUUUAAUGAUUUGUGCUCCUGAAUUAAUAAUUUGUGCAUAGGAACUAGUAAUUUGAGAGCACAAAUUUGUUUUUCUUUCUCCAUGACACCACACAUGCUCCAUAGAGAUGAAAUGAUGUUAACAACAUUAAGCCGCCUUUAAAAAAGUAUUCAUAUAGUUUAUUUGUAUGAGUAUAAAUAAAGUAUACAUCCUUAUUAGUUUUGAAGAGUUAUACUAGUGUGUUAAACGUUUUCAUAUGGAGAAAAUAACAUCCAGCAUCUACCAAAAUGUUCAAAUAUCAUUGGUCAUUAUCAUGUCCAUUUUACCUGCAUAGGAAUUGGACAUACUGUGAUUCACUAUGAAAUUAAAUUGUCAAUGUCAAUUAAGUUUAAUGGCAGCAGUUGCAUAGAUUUUGUUUUGCUAUUGAAACUUAACAGACUGUUAAGUGACAAGUGGUUUUCCCACUAAAUUCAAAGGUAUUAUACAGUUUGUAGCCAUAUGUAAAUACAACAGUAGGGAAAUAUGACUAUAUAUUGGGAGAUGAUAUAAAUUUGCAUCAGCCACUUCUACUGCUACUGCUACUACAACUAAUAAUUAAAAUAAUGUUUUUAAAAAUAUGACUUUAUUUAAGAUGCAUUUUUAGCUGACACUUAAAAGAUACAAAAGUGGCAGUACAGAAUUUGAACAGCAGGUCAUUUAGAAGCCUGCGUGCCCGGUCCUCCAUAAUACCUUAAGAGUUAUUCAUAGUCUUCUUUGGCUUGAAUUCUGAAGAGAAAAUGGCAUGUAAUAAACUAUCUCACUUGUGCAAGGA